AUGGAUACCAACGGCGAAGUCACAGAGACCCCUCAGGUUGAGAAGCCCGUUGAGGCUGCUGAGGACAAGUCCGUCGACGAAGUUACCGAGCUCUUCAAGGGCCUGUCGAAGAAGAAGAAGACCAAGAAGCCCAAGGACACGGAAGCCGGCGAAGGCGAUGAGGCCUCCCCCGCCGGCGACGGCGAGUUCGACGUCUCCGCCCUGAAGAAGAAGAAGAAGUCCAAGUCCAAGAAGGUCGACACCGAUGACUUCGAGGCCAAGCUGGCUGAGGCCGGUGUCACCGCCGCUGCCGGCGCCGGCGAGGAGAAGGAGGAGGAAGUUCCCGAGGGCGACCACGAGGCCGGUACGGGUAUCUGGGCCCACGACGCCACGCAAGCCAUCCCCUAUGCGCUCCUCGUCUCGCGAUUCUUCUCCCUCAUCCAGAGCCACCACCCCGACCUGCUGUCCAGCGGCACCAAGUCCUACAAGAUCCCCCCGCCUCAGUGUCUCCGUGAAGGUAACCGUCGUACCAUUUUCGCCAACAUCGCCGAUAUCUGCAAGCGCAUGAAGCGGUCCGACGACCACGUCAUGCAGUUCCUGUUCGCCGAAUUGGGUACCAGCGGUAGUGUCGACGGUUCCCGUCGUCUGGUCAUCAAGGGUCGUUUCCAACAGAAGCAGAUCGAGAACGUCCUGAGAAGAUAUAUCGUUGAAUACGUCACCUGCAAGACCUGCCGCAGUCCCGACACCGAGCUCAACAAGGGUGAGAACCGUCUAUACUUCGUCACCUGUAACUCUUGCGGUUCUCGUCGUUCCGUCGCCGCCAUCAAGACCGGUUUCCGUGGACAGGUCGGCCGCAGAAAGAGACAGGGUUAA